CACCUGACGAGGACACAUAACAUCAUGGCUACCCUGCGUGUCCCACUCCUGGUGGCUCUCGUCCUUCUUGCUGUGGCAAUUCAGACCUCUGAUGCAGGUCCCUAUGGUGCCAAUGUGGAAGACAGUAUCUGCUGCCAGGACUACAUCCGUCAUCCUCUGCCAUCACGUUUAGUGAAGGAGUUCUUCUGGACCUCAAAAUCCUGCCGCAAGCCUGGCGUUGUUUUGAUAACCGUCAAGAACCGAGAUAUCUGUGCCGAUCCCAGGCAGGUCUGGGUGAAGAAGCUACUCCGUAAACUGUCCUAGGGAGGAGGACCUGAUGACUAUGGGUCUGGUGUGGUCCAGGGAGGCUCAGCAAGCCCUAUUCUUCUGCCGUUCCAGCAAGAGCCUUGCCAACGACGCCACCUUUACUCACCUCCAUCCCCUGGGCAGUCACUCUGUGAGGCUCUGGUCUCUAUCCCUUCCAGCUCAUCCCCCUUCAAUGUGGCAGCUGGGAAACACAUUCAGACCAGCCUUACCCAAUGCCUACUCCCCACUGCUUUAGAUGAGACCAGGGUCCUUGUUUUGAUGCCCUGAUCCUAUGAUGCCUUCCCCGUCCCCAGCCUUGGCCCUCUUCUCUUCUUGCAUGUAGGAAAGGCCCAUAGGUUUCAAAUAUGAGCUACCUAGUUCCCUUUCUGGGGGGUUUCUAAUACCCAGAAUGUUUUUCCUGCUGCAGGCUCCUAUCCAGUACCACACACCUCCCAAGUUCCUAUCAGUCCCAGUGGGCAUCCACCAAGCCCCAAACGUCAGACUUCCUUGGCCUCCACCUACUUUCAGUAGAAUUCUGGGAGUUUCAGGCUGGUCCACCAGGCCCCCCAGGGUUAGGCCAAGGUCCCCACCAGAGCUCCUCCUGUUUCUUGGUCUGCAGCACAGGGCAGGGAGCACAGGAGCAGGCUCAGAAUCAGAUUUCUUAAAGGAGCUGCAGACUCCAUCAGUAAAAGGAAUCUUUCUCCCAUCCCUGAAUAUCAGGCAGUUUUCUGUCAACACAGAGACUCGGGUUGUUAGAAAGGGCCUAUGUAGAUCAACUGUGAAACCCUAAAUUUACCAAGAAUCAACUUCCACCCCUCUUCAACCACAUGAUAGGGUCUUUUACUUUCUCUGCCCCACUCGACCUUUGACUCCUUGCCUGUGUAGCUGAUAGUCGAAGUCAUGCUAUGGUGUCAGUGACUGCCACACUUUGUUUGGUAUUAUAAGCUAUAGUUAUAUUUAUAUAGGAAAGAGAAUAAAUAUAUGUGAGGCCAAAUAGACGAACUGGAGAGUUUUAGGAUCUGGGGGCAGGAAGGGCCAUACAAAGUGAUACCUCAGAAAACAGACGGUUGUGGGAGCUGCAGCCAGUGGCAGAGUUAACUUAAAGAACUUAGUUGAAAUUAUUCUUGAGUGGCUGAGGCCAAGACAAGAAUAUAGAGCCCAUUCUUGCUUCCCUGGAGACAACAGCGGUCCCAGGGGAAGGAACAAACCUUCUUGCUCCUCUGGAGGGAGCAUGGCCUGGCUUAGCCGAGUGACUGGACUGUGUGAGCUUGGGGGCAUCGCUUUUCCUCUCUGAGCCUCAGCUGACAGCAUAUGGGACCACAAAGGGCUUGAUCCAAAUCACAGGGAUUGACAGUGCCAGCCACAGCUGUGUCCAGGGCUCCUGUCCUCCCAGAAGGAGCAUCUGGACGACCAGGGCCACCACUAGUGCUACUUUGCUCACUGCCCAUGCAUGUCCUGAGGGUCCCUCCCCCUCCUCUCCUACUUCUGGGAAAAUAAAUGCUCACCAAUAAUACCUG